GUUUAAAGGAUUAUUCAGUUUCUUAGGAAACAUUACCUUGAACGUAAAAUCACACUCAGCAAUCCAUUAAGAAGCCGACAAACCAUUGUUCUUCCGAUCGUUGACUGAUUAACUUAUUCUCAAAACAUUAAAACAUUCACCGCGAAAUCUACUGUUGAACAAGAUAAAUCAUGGCGCUACGUGAACUACUGCUAACGCUCUUUCUCUUCAGUAAACUUUCUCCGUCCACAGCUGAUAUUGAAGCAGGUUCUCAAGUUUGGGAGGCAAAGGAGAAUUUUCAGUUCGGUAUUGCAGAGGGAAAUGUAGAGGAUUCUGUUCUUGAUGUUGACCUUACUUCACACCUAUCCUUCAAAUAUCAAACAAAUGAUGGGCGAAACAUUUUUGUCUUUGACAAGCUUUUAAAACCAAAUACCCUGAGAGCAUUUUUAGAUUAUCUGAAUAUAGAUUUAGGUUCCUGGCAGUUUCGGCUUUUUGAACCUUACGAUGGCGGCGUCGAAGAGUUAUCAGAUAAUAUUCCAUGGGUGAAUCCUGUAGACUGUGUUGAAUUUUCAAAAUCUAUUGUGGGUAAAACAAUUCAGAAGGCAGUGAUGGAUGCUGUUGGCACAAAAGACAUUUACUAUCCUUACAAAGUAAGAGGGAAACUUAUGCGACGAGGAGACUUCACAAAACUUUACACUGAUGCCAAUAGAACAGAUGGUGAAUUUUCUGCCAUGAUGUUCUUGAAUCCAAAAUGGAGGAAAAAUGAUUAUGGAGAGUUAUAUUUAUAUGAUGAAGACAUUGAAAUUGUUGCUGGAGCUGUUCCCAAGUUUGGCCGCCUGGUUGUUUGGGACAGUUCUGUUUCCUACCUUCCAAGGCCUCCAAGCAUUGCUUUCAAGAAAGGCCAGCUGCUUCUGCAUGUUCAGUUCUCAAAAUCAAAAGAAAAAAUGCUGAAGAGCUAUGCAGAUGUAGCUGCAUCAAAAGCUAUACGUCAGGCUGCAUAUGAUGCCGGUUUUAUCGGCAGCAAUAAGCCAGUACCAAAUGACAUUGACAUUGAGAAGAAUUUUGUCUCAAGUUCUAAAUCACUAGAAGGAAAGGAGAUCCAUGUGUUUGAUGACCUGUUUGAAAAGGAAGAUUUGGAUCGGUUGCGAGCAUUCAUUUUCAAGCAUGGCACAUAUUAUUAUGAUGAUAGCGAUGAAGGUGAUGAUGACAGCGACAAUGUCCAAUGGAUCGCAGGGUUUGAGAUUGAUGCAUAUAUCAAAAGUAGACUUUGGAACAUUAUGCAGCAGACGUUAAAACAUAUAACAGGGCGCGACAAGUGGUUCCCUUACGACAUCUCCUGUAACUUGAUCAGGAGUGCAGACCACACCCGUAUACACCAAGAUUGUGAGCCACAUGAAGAUGAAUGGACAUACCUGAUAUAUCUAACACCAAACUGGACAAAGAAUGACUAUGGAGAAACAGCUUUCUAUGAGACAAUGACAAAUGAUAACGAGAUUAUCACUGAGGUGCGACCAAAAUACGGAAGGGCUGUUGUCUUCCAAGGAAUCAUUCCUCAUUCAGCAAGGCCGCCCAGCACAAACCAAUCACAUGCUCGCCUCACCUUUGUUGCCAAAGUGUCUGUGGAUGAGUUUGUGGGCCGACACAAGGCAUUCAGAGAGGAAAUGAGGCACUAUCAGGGUCUGGUGGAAUCAGAGAGUAUGCUAGAUGCAAUGGAACGAGGACUAGAUUUUGACCCAGAAGCUGAGGAAACCGAGCCUCGUGAUGAGAUGUCAGACGACAGAGGAGACUCAGAACCUGACGAUGAAAUGGAAGAAGAGGAAGAAAAUGAAGAAAAACCUAUCAAGAUAGAAAAAGAAGCUGAAGAAGGAGUUAUACACGAGGAGCAACCAGACCACCCAGUCCUUCAAGAACUAAACUCGCGUCUGGACGCAGUCGCGCAAAGUGGGGGCCUGGAUCAGAUGAGAAAUCUUCACCGAGAAUUACAUGCAAGACAUGUCACGGCACGACGAGAGGCUGUAAAACGAAUUACAAAUCUUAUCUGAGGUAUAAAGAAGUUUGGUAGUGUAAAUAUGGAAAUAAACACAACGUAGUAUCAACGGUGAAAGUGUUUUGGUUGACUGACGGAAAGUGAACAUGUGUUUGUAAGUAACUCAGUCAAGCUGUGUCCUACGAAGAUAGACGUUGAAUGGCCGAAAUCGAACAGUGGGAUACUUGAAAGCGCCAGUAUUAUAUCUAGUAACCAGGCCUUUUUCUAACUGAAGUGGGACCGCGCUCGGUGCCAUGGAGAUGUUACUCCCUUGCUUGAAUGUUGCCACCACAGGCAGAGUACACUACGUGUUUGUAGUUAACAAUUGUUGACAUGUGACGACAAAAUCUAUUAGAGUUAUGAAUAAAAUUGCAUAUCUAAAUUA